CGCUUAAAGAAGUUGAAGUUUUGACCACUUCUUAAGAAAACAAGGAAGCGACUCUACAGCAGCAGAAUGGUUGUCAACUGUAAGAAGUAGCUGUGCGUUUAUUGUCCUCUCAGUGACUUGUAAGAAAUGGAGGCUGGAGGGGGGGAUGAGAGUAUGGAUGUGCAGGAAGCAGCGGCAGCAUCAGAACCAACCUUAUCUCGACAAAAACGGACUCCUGCAAAGCCGACCUGGACUUUGCUUGAGGAGGCCGCCCAAAUGAAAACAGAAGGGAAUACUUUCUACAGGGAGAAGAACAUUCGCUCAGCCAUCGGGCGUUAUCACCGAGCCCUGCUGGUCCUCAGAGGCCUCGACUCUGAUGUGAUGGCAGCAGUGAAAGGGUUUGGACCUGAGAUCCCUCCUCUCGAACCCGAACAGGAAGCUUCACUGAGAAAUACACAAGUGGACUGCUACAACAAUUUAGCUGCCUGUUUGCUGCAGAAACAGAGUGUUGACUAUUCUCGUGUGAGAGACUACAGCCUGCGGGUGCUGCAGUGGCGACCAGGUGAUGUCAAAGCGCUGUACAGGGCAGGAGUAGCCACUCUGGAGAUGGGGGAUGCACACACCGCCAAACAGUACCUCACCCAGGCCUGCAGUGAGCAGCCUAAUGAUGCCAAUGUGAAGAAACAGCUGCAGAGGGUUGAGGAGAAACUGAAUCGAGAGUUGCAAAAAGAGAAAGCGAUGUACCGAGGCAUGUUUUCCCCCAGCCUGAAGAGCGGCUCUGGAGAAGGGAUAAACCAAACUAACGGAGCCGGUGGAGGAGUUUGAGUCGGCUAGCUAAAACCUCUCAAUGAAGCUCAAACUGACAAAGACUGUGUUCAACCUGGACUGAUCACAAAUCAACGAGGAAUGUUAUAUCAUGUUGAAUGAUGUUACUGUGUCUCCUUUAGGUGUUAAUGAGCUGAGCAUAGUGAAGUAAGGAUUAUACUGAGUACUAGAACAUGUUCAGUGAGGAAACUGAAGAUGUCUCUGCUGAAAAUAGAAAUGAGAGUUUGGAAAAGUUAGUUUCCUAGCAACUCGGAGGCAAAGCUGAAUUUAAAUUUGGAUUUUUUUUCACAUAUGCCUCUGAAAACUAAAGUGAGAAUCAUCAUGCAUUACUAACAGUUCAGAUGAUGCCUUCAAGAUUGCAGUUGUCUGGUCAGUGCUGUGAAUAAUGAUUUUGUCAGAUUUCAAGUAAAAUAUUUUUUUAUAAACAUCA